CGAACGAGGCACAGACUUUUUCUUCUGGGUAGGCACCGACUAAAAUAGGGCUGUUUCUCCAAUUCUGGGUUUGAAAUUUGUGUGUGUGUGAAGCAGGAGGUAGCAGAAGCAUGGUUCCCACAAGGAACAGGCCAAUGCUACGAAUUCUAGGGUUUUUUAUAUGUGCAGCUUUCAUCUAUUUAUCAUUUCGGGAUUUGUGGUUGAAUCACAAAGGGAAAGCAAAGUUAGGGUUUGUGAAAAGGAACGGAACUCAGUUUGUGGUGGAUGAUAAGCCUCUUUAUGUGAAUGGGUGGAACUCGUAUUGGUUCAUGGACCAUGCGGUUGAUGAACAUAGCAGAAACCUUGUCGGUGAAAUGCUUGAAGCUGGAGCUAAAAUGGGUCUCACUGUUUGUAGAACUUGGGCUUUCAAUGACGGUGGCUAUAAUGCUCUUCAGAUCUCUCCUGGCCGAUUCGACGAGCGAGUCUUUCAGGCUUUGGAUCAUGUAAUUGCAGAAGCUAGAAAGCAUGAUGUUAGAUUGCUGCUUAGCUUAGUGAACAACUUGCAAGCUUAUGGAGGGAAGACACAGUAUGUGAACUGGGCAUGGCAAGAAGGUGUUGGUGUCAGUUCUUCCAAUGAUUCCUUCUUCUUUGACCCAUCUAUCCGGAACUACUUCAAGAAUUAUCUCAAGGUUCUGCUCACCAGGAAGAACUCGGUAACUGGAAUAGAGUACAGAAACGACCCUACGAUUUUCGCUUGGGAGUUGAUAAACGAGCCUCGAUGUACGACUGAUGUCUCUGGCAAAACUCUACAAGACUGGAUAGAAGAAAUGACGGGAUUCAUUAAAUCAAUCGAUGACAAGCAUCUCCUCACAGUAGGCCUGGAAGGUUUCUAUGGUCCUAACAGCCCGAAACGGCUCACAGUUAAUCCAGAACAGUGGGCUUCUGAGCUCGGAACUGACUUUGUUCAAAACUCUAAUUCCUCAAACAUUGAUUUUGCAUCCGUUCAUAUCUACCCCGAUCACUGGUUUCAUAAUCAGACCUUUGAAGAGAAGAUAAAGUUUGUGGUGAAAUGGAUGCAAUCUCACAUUGAAGAUGGCUUUAAAGAACUGAAGAAGCCAAUUCUCUUCACAGAGUUCGGGCUCUCGAACCUGAACAAAGACUACGAACCAUCCCAACGAGAAAAGUUCUACAGAAUCAUCUUUGACGUGGUUUACAAAUCAGCCAAGAGAAAGAAGUCAGGUGCAGGCACAUUGGUGUGGCAGCUAUUCAUGGAAGGCAUGGAAACUUUCAGCGAUGACUUUGGGAUUGUUCCACAUGAACAAGAUUCAAUAUACAAAUUGAUGAUAGAACAAUCUUGCAGGUUGGGAAAAGUCACAGGUCGUCUUAAGGAACAUAAGUUGAAGGAACUCUGUUCUCACAAACAGUAAGAGAAUCACAUGCAAACUGUCUUUUUUUACAGUGAAAUCUGAUUCUCAUUUUUGUUGUAUACAAGAAUCAACUCAAUGAGUAACA